CUACUAAAUGGAAUUGAACUAAAAAUUUCAUUUCAUAACAUUUUCUUAUAUGUAACAUCAUGUGUCUAGCGGUUUCCGAUUAUGAUAAACCUCAACACGAUUCUCUCAAGCAAAAUUUAGGAAAUCUCUACAAGCGAUUAUUUCCAAAGAAAAAGGAUGCACAGAGAGUUUCGUGACUAACAGCCUCUCUCACGGGUCUCUGGGAAUUCUCGCUCAGACGCCUACACUUACACUUCCUCCCCUGAAGGUUUGAAGGCCAACAUAAAAGCGCCCCGCAGUUUCUCUAAUUUAAAUUUCCCACAGUCAAAGUCCCCGGAUUAAAGAUGAGCUGUCAGAUUGACUGGGAUUUCAUCCAAUAGCAUUGCAGGAAGGCGUAUCUUUUCGUGGACAAUCCAAUCGGCUCGCAGAGAAUCGCCAUUGCGUGAGGGAAAGCGGAAGUAAGGCCCUAGCGCGCCCCCAUGGAAUCGCUCUUGCAGCACCUGGAUCGCAUCUCCGAGGUUCUGGCUGUCUCCCGCACACCCCAUGUCAGUAGUUGGGACGCUGUCGCCGUGCGUAGGGCCUUGCAGUGGGCUCGCUACAUGCGCCAAGUCCACAGGCGCUUUGGCGGUCAUGUCCCCAUUCGCACGGCACUGGAGCGGCGGCUGCAAAGCCGGUGGAAGCAGGAGGACGGCUCUGGGCCCGCUGCUGUCCCCGGGUUGACGAGCUUCCGGGAUUUGGGGCGCUGCGACAUCCUAUUGUCUCAACGCCUGCUGGACAACCGGGCCCUCGGGGAUGCCGCCUUUCAUUGCCUGCUUCAGCAGCUCUUUCCCGGCCCUGGCGUCCCGGACGCCGAAGAGGAGAUGCUCCAGGGCCGCCUGGCCGUCCUUGCCCGCCGCCGGUCCGCUGUCCACCUGCUGCGCUUCAACGGUUUUGGAGAGAACUCCGCCGUUUGGAACGACUUACUGGUAAAGACUCAGGCGGAGCUGCUGCUGGAGCGUCUGCAGGAGGUGGGCAAGGCCCAAGCGGAGGGCCCCAGCAAGUUGCUCAGCAGCCUGUGGGAGCGCUUGCCUCGGAACAACUUCCUGGAGGUGAUAGCGGCCGCGCUCCUGCUGCCGUCGUCAUCCCCCCGGCCGCCCAAAGAGGAGUUGGGACUGGGCAGCCCCAGAACUCAGGGAGAGGGGGGUCACGAGCUGGUUCACUGGCUUCUGGGAAAGUCGGACAUCAUGGCUACUUUUUGUCGCAGCCUCUCAGCCGCGCUUUUAACUUCGGUGGCAGGCUGCCACCCAGAGCUUUUUCGAGUCUAUCUGGGUCUGCUCACAGAAUGGGGUCGACAUCUGCACUACGAUCUUCAGAAAGGCAUUUGGGUUGGAGUUGAGGACCGAGAUGUGCCCUGGGAGGAGUUGUACAGCAGGUUUCAAAGCCUCUGUCAGGCCUCUUCACCUCUGAAAGACGAAGUUCUAACGGCUCUGGAGGCCUCUAAAGCACAAGAUGGAGAUUUUGAAGUCCCUGGUCUUAGCAUCUGGACAGACCUGUUGUUAGCUCUUGGGAGUGGUGCAUGAUGUUGCAUUGGGGAAAAUACAAGGUUUAGGUCUCAGCCCGGGUCCCAGAUUUCUCUGGACAACGUUUUGUUAUUGAUUACUUGAAUAUACUGUUUACAAAGUUAAAAUUCCAGUGUCCCACCAAAUCUAUAAUGUGUCCAAAAUAUUCUAGGUGCUAAUUUAUAAUAGGUGUAAUUAUAAUCUACAAUUAGAAAUAUGUAAAGUAACUGGCUUGUGGUGCCAUGGAUUUUUCUGGAUAGAGGAGGUGAUAUUGGAAGUACCCUACUUAAAGCCAUGUAAUUAACAAUAGUUUGCUUUUUAGGAAUGCUGAAGAGAUACAUACUUUUCAAAUAAAAAAAAACACUUUAAAUUGACAAGA